CCUUUCUGCGAGUUUGAAUUCUUCAAGCUAACCCCCCUCUCCAUAUACCCCUGAUCUCUGCUGUAAAUUGAGAGCUAUAUUUGGAGGAGUGUGAUGAUGUCACAAGUGGUUGAGGCUAGGAGCCUAUAACAGAGCGAAUGGAGUGAGUGAGUGUGUGAGUGUUUGAGUGAAAAACAGAGACAUCGCCAGCACCUUCUGGAGCUGCUGUCCACUGGUUCGAAACUGCUGGAAAACAUUGCAAGUAUUUUCAGUCUGCCAUGCAUUAUCUGAAACUGUCCUCCCAGGUCCUGAUCUUCCUCGUGAUGCUGCAUUGUGUCUCCACAGUCCCUCACAACAGAUUCUCCCUUUCGUCCAAUGAGCAGCCGGAUGACUUGCAAGAGGCCAAUGGAUGGCUGGUUACAGAUCUAUCUGACAAUCCCUUUGUGAGUUUUACAAAGCCACGGCCCCAAAGGGGUCUCGGUGCAGUGAACAGUCAUCACAUGGAAAAGAGGAGGUGCAAUACAGCUACCUGCGUUACUCAGAGAUUAGCAGAUUUUCUCAUCCGAUCCAGCAACACCAUCGGCACCGUCUAUGCGCCAACCAACGUCGGAUCCAACACUUACGGAAAGAGAGACCUGCUGCAGUCACCUAUUUACUUGCCCCUAUAGUUCAAAUGGCAACGGAAUCGGGGGCUCGUCCGGGAACCCCAAAGCGAGAAUCAUUCCCCUAUAGUAAAAAUAAAUAUAAUAUGUAUGAUAAUGAUGGAAAUUAUUCUGUUUGUACAUGAUAGCUUUUGUUUUUUUCCCUUUUUUUUCUCUGUGUACACAAAAGCCAGUGCCUUUUGGUGUAAAUUGUUUGCAGCAUUUUCAGUUUCUGGUAAACCUUGCAUGACAAUAAGGUUUUCAAACACGGUGCCAUGAUGGCCAAUGAAUAAAAUGUAUUAUAAAGAGCACAUGAAUAGCGACGAAUUGACAUAUUGUUUUGAUUUAUUUUCUAAUAAAAGAAAAAAAUGAUAAUACACUUCUCUGCUCAUAUGUCAUUACAAUAAGGUUAAUAAACUU